AUCACAUUUGCCACACAGGGUUUUAGAAUUUCCAAAUGACUCAAUUCUCCAUGCGAGAUUUGUAUAUAAAGAUUUAAACACCACUCUGGCGAACAGAGAACUUUAAAGUGCUUCAGCAACAGGACUUAUCAAAGGCAAGGAAAGUUUUACAUAUUUCACGGAAACACACAACACAAUGGAUACCAUUACAAAACAAAACAUUGACGAGAUUAGGACGCUCAGUGCUCCGCCUCAGCUUGUGAAGGACGCACUGGGGGCCAUAUUUUUACUACUAGGUUACUCUUCAGCUCAAGCGACGGAUUGGAAAUUGAUACGAAAGGAGCUGGGAAAGAGGUCCACCGACGACAAUUCCAUUCUGAAUCAGUUAAAGAAUUUCCAGGCAGAGAAAUGUGACCCAGCAUCAGCAAAGAAAGCCAAAGAAUUAAUUGGUGACGUAACAAUUGCCCAGGCGAAAAGCGUCAGUUUGGUGGCAUCUCAUUUCGUGGCUUGGACAUUAAAUGCAUUGAAUGGCGUUUAGGCAGCAGAAAAUCUUCAGCAGAUACUUCCAUAGAAUUUUCAUUUUGGUUACCAGUGCUGUUCUUCAAAGAUACUUUUACUUUGUUAAUGAAAAAGCGACACAGGACUUAAUGAUGACAGAACAUAGAACGCGGUGCUCAGACUACAUCGGGAAACAAUCACUCACAUCUUUAUGUAAUAUGUCUGCCCCUAUCAAUCGGAACCCCUCGCCCUUUACUUCAUAAAAAGUAACGGAGUAAAGGGCGAGGUGUUCCGAUUGGCAAGAUAAUUUAUGCUGACAUGUGACCUAUUUUCAAAUGCAUAUCAAUAUGCAAUAUAUUUUUAUUUUGACAUGCAGGUUGCCAAUAUUUUUAAAGAAUCAAAUUUUAGUAUUAUUUCAAAUGCUGGAUAUUAGUAUGUUCUAUGUGUCGACUGCUUUUUCUGAUACGUCUGACAUUCUGUUUUUAUUUCCCAUGAAAUGUAUACAAUCCAGGAUAUAUUCCUAUUACAGAGGCAGUACGAGGAAUAUUUUUACAUGUGAAAUCUUAACGUGUGCAAUAUGGUUAUUGGUAUUCAUUUACGAAUAUUUAAUGUACUUAGAUGUGUCAGUUUCAAUAUUAAUAAAAUAUUGUGAAAAAGAUA